AUGCACGAGGAGCGGAGCGGCGGCAGGAGCGGUUCGCCGCCCGAUCCCCGCACCGCUGCCCGCGGGGCACCGAGGGCGACGGGCGAGGAGGGGCGGCCGGCAGGCGCGGGGGGAUUUCGGUAUAAAACGCACGAUGCCUCCUGCGGUGCCCCCCGAGGGGGAUGCGGUGCCAACGCACCCCGAAUCCACGUUCCCGCAGCCUUUAAAAGCGAGCGCGCGCCCGGCGCGGUGCCGGAGCUGAAGACUGGAGCAGAGUGCCAGGCAUCAGGCAGGAUGAGCAGGCAAAGAUGCGGAAAGCAAAGGGCGCAAAAGCCUCCCGGUGAGCACGGCAGGGAAGCAGGGCAGCACUCAGCGUGGGGAGCCUGUGGGGUCCCUGCUCCGGGCAUGUCGGCACUCUGUCCUUGCGCCAGGUGCUCCUUGGUGUUGCUGUGCUGGAGCACAGCCUUGGCCGACUGGGACUUGGAGGUCUGGGGGAAGGAGAUGAAGCAGGGCCAAGAGCAUCCUGGCCUCGUGAAGCACCAUCCCCCACCUCUCCACCAGCACCUCAUGCCUUCCUCCAGCGGCUACCUCCGGCACCAAACCUGCUCUCACCUCCCUGUUCAAGCGCAGAGGAUUGGAGGAGAGGUGGCGGGACGUCCCUCCUACUGCUUUCUGCAGAGACCUGCACAUUUACUGUGCUUUCUCAAAGGCAGAGGCGAGUUUGUUCCGUUCUGGCCAGUGUUUUGUAAGAGCUGUCAGGUCCUUGUUCCCACUGGACCUGGUGAUAAGGAGAAGGUGGCCGCCUCCUGCAAAGCAAUCUCUAUGUGCCGAGCACAGGAGAAGAGUGAGCCUGCGCUGAAGCAGGGGAAGGAGCUCUUAGCACCGCUCGGUACAGGAAAGUCGGAAGGAGAGGCUGAUGCUGCAGCUGAGAGCGCAGACUUCCUUUUGAAAUUGCAGACACACCAUAAAAACAUCCUUGUCUGAGGAGAGCCUCGCAGAAGAUGCUUCCCCUGUGUUGGUCCCGACGUGGCGGGUGGCCAGCUGCAGCGCUGCCAGGAGCAGGGAGGGAGUGCUGGGCUGUGGUGGGCUGCUUGCUCCCAGCAGAGGUUUUUCCCUCACUGGGAGGGGAGUGGCUCCUGUCCCACAGUGGGAAGAGGGCAACCUGAACCCUGGACCAUGGGCAGUAAGUACCUGGGAGCCAGGCAAGAGGACCUCCCUGGGCAGCAGGGACAUUUCUGGGUCUUCUUCGUCCUCUGGACUGUGUGCCCAACACUGGAGAGCCUUUCCUCAGCCUCAGCUGCCACGCUGCACAAAGCUUGGGGUCAUAGGGGGCUGCGGGUUGAGCAGGGAGGGUGCCCCACACCUGCGGCAGCUUGUGAGUGGGCAGUGGUGUCUGUGCUGGGGUGCUGCGGGCAGUGAGGACAUGUCGGUGCCACUGAGGACAUCCUGGGGCUGUGCUGCACAUACACGCAGGAGGGCUCUCCAAGCCCUCAUGGCUGCACGGUGAUGAGGUGCACCCUAGGAGAAGAUGGAGAUGUCUUUGGUCACCACCUGGAGCUGUGACAGGUGCAGGGGAGGUGGUGCUCC